GCGCGGCAGGGCGGGCGGCAAUGGCGGCUCAGCGCGGGGCGCUAAUCGUGCUGGAGGGCGUGGACCGCGCCGGGAAGAGCACCCAGGCCCGCAGGCUGGUGUCCGCGCUGUGCUCGGCGGGGCGCCGCGCCGAGCUGCUCCGGUUCCCGGGUGGGUGGUGUCCGCAGAGUGCGGGCUCAAAGCAUAUACGAGCGGGCACCGCAGGCCCUUGCUUCCGCCCACGCUGCUUCCAGCUCCUUGGUCUGAGUCCAGUCCUUGCGCGCUUGGGCACUUCUUUUUUGUUGUGCGGGCUGUUUAAAAAGUUUGUGGACCCCUGUUCUAAAGAGAAGAUGCAGAGCAUUUUGGGAGGUAAACAAGAUUACAAGUCAGUGUGCUGUAGUUGUUACUGCACAGGAGUUCUGAGUUGUACCAUUAGGAUAACUCAAGCAGGAUAUUCAGGGCCUGUGAAGCCAGGGCCAGGGCUCAGGAGUAUUCUGUUUUUCAGGCCAUUAAUUAAGGAAAAGUUGAGCCAGGGUGUGACCCUCAUCGUGGACAGAUAUGCAUUUUCUGGUGUUGCCUUCACAAGCGCCAAGGAGCUGCAGCUGGCAGAUGCUGCUGUGCGGGGUGAGUUUGGCCAGGAGCGCUACGAGGACAGACCCUUCCAGGAGCGGGCCCUUCAGUGUUUCCACCAGCUCAUGGCGGACACAACGCUGAACUGGAAGAUAGUUGAUGCCUCCAGAAGCAUUGAAGACAUCCACAUGGAGCUCCUUGCGCUGUGUGAGGAUGUCAUCUGUACUGCCGCACAGAGGCCAUUGGGGGAGCUGUGGAAGUGACCUCAGGCUGUCCCCAGAGACACCUGCCCCCCAAGGAAGGCCUGAGUACCCAGCAGAAUUCAAUUCCACAAUUGUAGGAGCUGUUGCUCAGUGGCAGAAACCUCAGGUCAGACCUCUCAUGACUUAGGUUGGGAGUACCAGGAACCCCUGCAAGUGAGGAUGCUAAUGGUGUGGACAUAUCAGCAGUGGAGCAGUCUUCCUCUGCCCUCACCUUUAUCCUGAAGAUAUCACUAUAGUAUCAUGUUUUCUAUUUGAACUUUAAUAACUCUUGAGAUCACUGGAAAUAUUAGUCAGAUGGAAUUCUAAAUUUCUUAUAGACACUAAUAAAAAUUGACCUGAAAAUG